AUGGCGGCGGCAGCAGCUCCUACUCCCACCUCAGAGGGUGUAGCGGACUCGGCAAGCGGACACAGAGGUGGUGGAAGAGGUAGGGGAAGAGGCGGCAGAGGCGGUGGCAGAGGAGGCGGCGCAGAAGGAUCCACAGGACUUCCCAGCGAGAGAGGCGAGGAUCGAUUCCGAGGAGACGGCGGAGGUGGAGGCAGAUCUCGCGGAAGAGGACGAGGCAGAGGGGCCGGAGGUCGAGGACGCGGCAACAGAGACGGAGCAAGCAGUCAUGGACAAGGCGCGGCAGCAACCAACAACCAGGAUCAAACGACGGUACCACCGCCUCCUCAACCCGGUGGAAACGGCGUCUUUGGUGCUCGCCUUACCAAAGACGCCGAGGAGAAUGCUCAAGGCGAGAAAGCGGGUGCAGGAGACGACGCGGACGUGGAGGUGUGCUUCAUUUGCGCAUCCCCCGUCUCGCACAACAGCGUUGCUCCCUGCAAUCACCGCACCUGUCACAUUUGCGCCCUUCGCCUGCGAGCGCUGUACAAGACCAAAGCUUGUGCGCAUUGCAGAACAGAAGCACCGAAUGUGAUUUUUACCGACGAUGCCGAGAAGCGAUUUGAGGAAUUCCAGACGAGUGAUUUCCACCAGAUCGAUAACAACCUCGGUAUCAGCUACGAGAGGCCUGAGAUUUUUGAGGACACCGUGCUACUGCUGCGAUAUAAUUGUCCGGACGAGAGCUGCGAUGUGGCUUGUAUGGGAUGGCCUGAUCUGCAUCGACAUGUGCGGAGUGUACAUCAAAAGGUGAUGUGCGACUUGUGCACACGGAACAAGAAGGUCUUCACGCACGAACACGAGUUGUUCACGCAUCAAGAGUUGAAGCGUCAUGAGAAGUACGGAGACGACACUCCAGGAGCAGUGGAUCAGAGCGGCUUCAAGGGACAUCCAGAGUGUGGCUUCUGCAGACAGCGCUUCUACGGCGACGAUGAGCUGUACGCUCAUUGCAGAGAUAGGCACGAGAGAUGCCAUUUGUGCGAUCGACGAACGGGGGGACAGAACCCGCAAUACUUCCAGAACUACGAAGCACUCGAGCAACACUUUAAUAAGGAGCAUUUCCCAUGCAUAGACUCUGAAUGCUUGGAGAGGAAGUUUGUGGUCUUCGACUCGGAGAUGGACCUGAAGGCGCAUCAGCUGGAGUCGCAUCCCAAUGGUUUAUCCAAGGAUGCGCGACGAGAUGCGCGGAGAGUGGACCUGUCUUCUUUCGAUUACCGACCGCAAUACCAAGAGCCACGACGCGGAGGCCGAAGAGGCGGUAGAGGGCGCGAUCCUAACGCGGAGCCCAUGCCAGCAUCCUCUGCUGGACAAAUGAGCCGUGCUGAGCUUGCCUAUCAACGGCAGCGGGAGAUUCAGAGUGCUCAGUCUGUCUCGACUCGCUCCUUUGGAGGUCAGCUCAGCCAGCCGGAUGCGCCACCUGCACAGUCUGCGCAACGUGCACCUCAGAGUCCACGAGCCAACAAUGUGCAACCUGUCCCUACCUCUGCCCCAACAUCUCCUCGACCAGCACAAGCUCUCACACCCCAGGAACAAGCAAGACAGCUCCGUCAUGCUGCGGUGAGUGAGCGGGCUGCAAACCUCUGCAGGAACGACAAAGUCAAGCUGGACGAGUUCCGGGAGCGCAUAUCCACUUAUCGCAAAGGCGCCAUCAGUGCUGGCGACCUCAUUGAUGCAUUCUUCGCACUAUUCGACACGACCUCAGAUCAACUUGGUAAGCUCAUCAAAGAGCUGGCAGACAUCUUCGAAGCGGCUGCAAAGCGCGAUGCUCUGUUGAAAGCGUGGUCCGACUGGAAAGCGAUCAACGAAGACUAUCCAUCACUUCCAGGGCCAGCAGGCGCCAACACCACGGCUGCAGGUAUUUUGGGCCAGGGCGUUGGAAGCUCGCGUGUUCUGAAACUCAAGAGCUCGACGGCGCAAAGCUCUCGCUCUGCGGUCGGAAAGCAAGCAUCCUGGGGGAGCGCCGGUGCAUCCAGCUCUUCCAACCCGUUCCCAUCGUUGCCAUCAGGCGGACGAGCACCUCCGGCCCCUACACCUGGGUGGCUGUCAAUGCGGCCUGCAGGUUCGGCUGGUGCCACAAGAACCGGAACUCCAGCGACCGGAUCUGCUCGCCCGUCUCCGAUGCCCAGCAGAGCGCAGUCGUCGGCGAAUCUCUCCAAAGCCGAUGCUUUCCCUGCUCUCCCAGCAGCGAAGAAGCCCACAUCGACCGUCUUCUCUCCCGGCUACACCGGCGCGGGUGUCAUUAGAAAUAACGCCAGUCGCACUCCGGUGACGGCCUGGGGAAGCGGCAGUGGUGCUUCGACGCCGGCCGCCCCUGCGCUCGAAGACGGGUCGGAGCAUGCCGGGAGGAAGAAAGGCAAUAAGGGAAAGAAGAACAUCAUGUUCCAAUGGGGUUGA